UAGCUCCAUGCAAAUAAAAGCCCCCUGUUCUCUUCCGAUGAUCGCUCAGACCUCAAGCAAACACAAACUAGCUCAGAUCCUUAAAGGAAUAGUUUUAUGUGUACGUGUUUUGUAGAUAUAUACAGUGAAACAUAUUGAAGAAGGAAGGGGGUGUUGAAAAUGGCAACCGAGAGAAGUGGCUAUUAUUAUUCUCGGUCGUCGUCGGAGAUGGACAGGAUCUUGCUCAGAUUCCGGCCGAUCGCCCCGAGGCCGGCAGCCAGCGGGUCGGGCUCCGGCGGAUCUCGUUCCUCGCCCGAGAGCAGCGGCCGUUACAACGUCAAGCCGGUGAUCAGAAAGAGAAGAAGAUACAGCAAGCGCGGGAAAGAUGACGGCAAGAAGCAGCCCGGCUCACGGCGCAACAGAAAACGAAAGUCGUGUUGUGAGGAAAAGAUCAUGUAUGGAUCAUCAGACUUAGGAGAGACUCCAGGACCUCAAACCCUCGGGUGGCUCUGCUUCGGCAAUCAAGACGAAGCUCACGCCGAAGAGAGCUACACCCCCAAGAAGACGUCGAUGACGCCACGUGUGCUCAGUCCGGCGCAUCAGAUGUCGGCAGUCCUAAGCCCAGCGACACCGCGGAAUCCGACGGUUGCGUCAACGGUCAGCGUUGAAUGGCUGACCGACUCGUGGGUGGCUUCGGAUGCUCUAGGGCGCACGGACGCCGAGAGGAGGAGCAACCUGGAGAGGGACACAUGUCCGGGAUUCACAUCCGAUGGGUGGGGGAGGGUGACGUGGGCUAACGGGGCGUUCAGGAGGAUGGUGGGUGCGGCGGAGGACCGGAGCAAGCUCGUGGUGUGGCUGGUGGCGAAGGAGGGAGUGCCUGAGAUGGCGGUGUUCACGUGUAGGGUGAGGAUGCAGUACGCGAGCAGUGGCGAGGGGAGGAGCUGCUCGCUCACGCUGCCGUGCGAUGUGUGGAGGAUGGAUGGCGGUGGUUUUGCAUGGAGGCUUGACGUCGACGCCGCUCUAACUCUCGGUUUGGGACUAUAAUUAUAUAAUUACCAAAAGAGGAAGAAUAACGAAAGGAAAAUGGGCAAACACGAAUCAUGGGACGCUCAAAAGUUGUGAAUGUGUGAUGAUAUCUGCUGUUUCGCAAGAUCUUUGUGUUGUGGCUGCUCUUAUCCCUCCUUUGAAAUAUUGGCCUUUCUUAUGAUUUCAAACAAGAAAAUGCUUUAAUCUAU